AUGCCGGUGUGUACAUCUUGUCAUCAAACUAAACCGGACGAAGCUUUUUUUCACAAGAACAAAAAAUGGAAAACAUGUCAACAUUCUUUAGAUACAAAACCUAAAAUCAAUCAAGGAUUUAAUCAUAAUGAAUAUCUUGAAUAUGUUAAUAAGCUGGAACAAUUUUCAAAAAGAGUUAGAAAUCAAUUGGAUCGUGGAAAUUAUGUUUGGCUGGAUACCGUCAAGAUUAUGACAGCUGGAAUCAUUGAAAUGGAAAAUGAUAUAGAAGAAUUAGAGAGACGAAGAGCCAAUGAAAGAGCUAGCAAGCCAUGGACAUUACAUUAUAAAUAG